GAGGUGUUAAGUUCUGAGGUGGGUUGAGAAAGGAACGCUGGGGGGCCAGAAGGGGUGUAGGGGGAGGCCCAGGGGUGGAGGAGAGCUGUGUGGGGAUCCAGGGUCAAGUGGAGAACCCGCCUGGUUGGAGGGCUCACUUGGCCAUGGGCAGGUAGGCUGAAGGGUGAAGCUAGUGUAAAGAAGUGAAUCAGGAUCCAGGUGGAGGUGAAGACGAGUCUAGUAGGAGAGACCAUCUCAGGUGUGCAGACUGCCCAAGGUGAGAGGGUGCCUGGGAGACCCUAGACCAGGUCAGGGCAGUGCCCCCCAUGGGGGAAACCCCUCCCUGGGGACACCGGAGCCAUGCUGUCCCGCAAGGGCAUCAUCCCUGAGGAAUACGUGCUGACAAGGCUGGCAGAGGACCCUGCAGAGCCCAGGUACCGUGCUCGUGAGCGGAAGGCCCGCUUUGUGUCCAAGAAAGGCAACUGUAAUGUGGCCCACAAGAACAUCCGGGAGCAGGGCCGCUUCCUGCAGGACGUUUUCACCACAUUGGUGGACCUCAAGUGGCCACACACGCUGCUCAUCUUCACCAUGUCCUUCCUGUGCAGCUGGUUGCUCUUUGCCAUGGUCUGGUGGCUCAUCGCAUUUGCCCACGGUGACCUGGCUUCUGGUGAGGGCACAGCAGUGCCCUGUGUCACCAGUAUCCACUCCUUUUCAUCCGCGUUCCUUUUCUCCAUUGAGGUCCAGGUAACCAUUGGUUUUGGUGGACGCAUGGUGACAGAGGAAUGCCCACUGGCCAUCCUGAUCCUCAUUGUGCAGAACAUUGUGGGGCUCAUGAUCAAUGCCAUCAUGCUGGGCUGCAUCUUCAUGAAGACUGCCCAGGCACACCGGCGAGCUGAGACCCUUAUCUUCAGCAAGCAUGCUGUUAUUGCUGUUCGCCAUGGCCGCCUUUGUUUCAUGUUACGUGUGGGUGACCUCCGCAAGAGCAUGAUCAUCAGUGCCACCAUCCGCAUGCAGGUGGUGCGCAAGACCACCAGCCCUGAGGGCGAGGUGGUGCCCCUCCACCAGGUGGACAUCCCCAUGGAGAAUGGCGUGGGUGGCAACAGCAUCUUCCUGGUGGCCCCGCUCAUCAUCUACCAUGUCAUUGAUUCCAACAGCCCACUCUAUGACCUGGCACCCAGUGACCUGCACCACCACCAGGACCUGGAGAUCAUUGUCAUCCUGGAAGGUGUGGUAGAAACUACGGGUAUCACCACCCAAGCCCGCACCUCCUACCUAGCUGAUGAGAUCCUGUGGGGCCAGCGCUUUGUCCCCAUUGUGGCUGAGGAGGACGGCCGCUACUCCGUGGAUUAUUCCAAAUUUGGCAACACCAUUAAAGUGCCCACACCGCUCUGCACAGCCCGCCAGCUUGAUGAGGACCGCAGCCUGCUGGAUGCCCUAACUCUCGCCUCCGCCCGUGGGCCUCUGCGCAAGCGCAGUGUGGCCAUGGCCAAGGCUAAACCGAAGUUUAGCAUCUCUCCAGAUGCCCUGUCUUAAGUCAUGGUCCCUUGGGCCCCACAUGCGCAUGUGCACUCAGGCAGUAUGGCAUGGAGGCUGGAUGGAUACGGCAGAGAGUGACAUGCCAAGCAGAGAGAGCUGAGGAGAGAGGUACUGUGGCCACCAAAUGCCACAGGCCUCAGACUGAACUCCGCUCCUGGCUCCCCAAUGAUAGCUGUGACUCACUUUGUCCAGAGGACAACUGGGGGCAGGGCUGCCUUUGGGUUGCUGGAAAAGGUAUUGGAAAGUUCAGAAUGGUGGGGGAGGGGGGGGUGAGCUCCCUGAGGUGAAGAGGCCCUUGGUCCUGAUGGGUUCGACUCAAGCCUGGAUUCUCGGAGCCUGGACUCUCCGAACAGUGUUGUGUGUCCUUGCCAAAAAUUCUGUCUUCUGCGUUGUCAAUAAAGCCUCCGCCUUCAUGACCUAAA